GCACACUCACUAACGACUGUUAAACCAGCCAAGCCUUAGGAGAGAGAGAAGGCAAAAUUCUGAGCUCGAGCUCGAAUGGACGAAUUGCGUCAACUUGAGUGGAUGAUCUGAGCUGAGUUGAAUGGAUAAUUUGAGCUGAUGAUAUGAGCUGAGCUGACUUGAGUGGAUGAUCUGAGUAUCGUCAGUUGGAAGAUCUGAGUAUAGUCGGGUGAGCCUGGACUUGAGUGGAUGUUUUAAGUAUCGUCGGCUGAGUGGAUGAUCUGAGUAUAGUCGGCUAAGCUGAUUUGAGUGGAUGAUCUGAGUAUCGUCGGCUGGGUGGAUGAUCUGAAUUGAUGGAGCAAUUGAUUAUUCAAUUUGUAUCAUUGUAAGAUGAUCUUAUUAACGUAGGCGGUCGAAUUAAGAGAAAGGGUGAGGUAAUCAAGAAGCAAGGGGAAUUGUUUGGAAGGCCUCCAAAUAUGAACUGCCGUAUUGAGACCUUUUCUCGAAUAUGCCACACAUUCGAUGAGAGAAGAACUCGUUGGGUUAAUGAAAUGGGGUUAGGUGGGUUAUUAACUAUUCCAACUGACAUACACUUGCCUCGACAGUUAGGGUAUUGGAUAAUGACUCGGAUUGGUCCUGUGAAUAAGGUGCUUAUUGAUCCAGAUGGCAAACAAUUUAGGCUAUCUGCUAACCAACUGCAUUGGGUAUUAGGCAUUCCUAAUGGGGGCUUAACUAUCCCCACUAGUAAAACUAUGUCACCUAUGUUGCAUGAUAAGGUUAUUAACAUCCAGGACAAAUAUGGUCAACCAUCUAAGGCUAGGUCAAAGAUGCUUGCCGGAAGAGUUUAUACAUCUAUAGGCAUUCCUGUGAAUUCCAAGAUUAUGGAACGGUUGGAGGAAAAAUGGGAGGAAAAUGAGGAGGAGAAAUUUAAGACAAUAUUCUUGUUGUUGUCACUCGAAAUGGUGUUAUGUCCAACACAGUCUCCAAGGUUGGCCUGUGAUCUGUUUCCUGCUCUUACCUGUGCAAUGAAUGCUUCCUGUUACAAUUAGUGUGAGUUGGUGUUGAAUAAGUUGAUGGAGAGUGUUGCCAGUUUUGCAUGGCGUUUUUUACUCCACUGGUGUAGCCGACGAAUGUGGUGGUUGUACAAUAUUUGUUGUGGUAUUUUAUCUUGACAAGUUAAACCAGUUUCCUCUGCAAUGGGGUGAAUUUCCUAGAGUUAAGGUGUGGAACAUGAAUAAUAUUGGUGUUGCAAUUAAGCGUGAUCGGUUUGCAAGCGGAGGUGACUAUGGAAAGUUAGGGAGUUUAGAUGUAACAUAUGGCGAGAACCAUCCCAAGGAUGCUAGGGAUAGUAAUGGCCCUUUGUCUAUGGCUGAGGGUUUUGUUCAUGAGUUUGUUCAACAUCAUGGAUAUGACUAUAACACGAGGCGAAGGAAGCGUGGUGAUCCAAAGAACUCAAUUCCAAAUCAAGUAAAACGGAAAAAACAUCGUUCUCGAUCGUCCUCUGAAGCAGGCCUUGUGGCCUCUGAAUCAAGCAACUCCAAUACUCAUGUGCCAUGUGCUGAAGAACCUCACCUCUGUCAUGUUAUUUCUGCUCGUGAUGUCUAUUCAUUGAAUUGGACCAUAUCUUUAGAUUUGGUGUGUCUAUUAACUCGACUUGUUACAUGGUUUCAUAAUGUAUGUAUGGGAAUACGUGAAGGUUGUACUCUUGUGAGAAUGCCUCUCAGUGCUCAGACUGAAGAGUUGUUCUGUGGUGGUGGUAAUGGAUUUCAACUGCUAUUACAUAGCCUAAACACCUUUUUCCAAUCUCCAUAUAGUCAGUAUUUGGCAAUUGUUGCACAGUUGCAUGAUGGAGAUGUUGGAAGAAGUUGUACUUGGCUUGUUGCAAAAUCAGGAACGCUAACAAAAAAUGGAGAGCCUACUGAGUUAUGUGUCUUGCAAGCUGACUAUCCAUCACUGUCCCUUCAUGUUAUAAAGAGCCUUGGAGGAGCUUCAAAAGAAUUCAUUGCUGCUAUUUAUGAGGAAUGGUUCAAACAGCUCCCAUGUAAAUUUCUUGUACUAGCUAAAUAAGUUCUUCCCUGUAUUCGAUAAGUUGAAGGCAUUUUUUAUCUUGUUUGAUAGAAUACUAUGUUUAUUUGUUGUAUUUGUUGUUAGAAUAACAAUUAUUGGGCUACUAUGUAUCCAUUCAAUGACUAAAUUAUAGAGUAUUGUUACAUAU